UCAAAAAACCUAAAGACUACUACCUCCUAUACAGAUGCUGUCACUGGAACGAUACGGAUUGCCUUGAGCACGAUCGAGGACUCAAAUACGAUCAGAAGAUGCUGUCACUGGAACGAUACGGAUUGCCUUGAGCACGAUCGAGGACUCAAAUACGAUCAGAAGCUCCUGAGAUCUGUCCAGAAUGCCAGCCACAUGGCCUCAACUUGCUCUGAUCAAUGCAGCAGCAUUCGGUUAUUAUUGGAGAGUCAGAUUCCUUCUCUGGACUGGAGUAGACGUGAAUUGCAAAGAUGAUGAAGAGUACAUGUUUACUCCAAUCAUCUGCGCCGCUCGUAAUGGGCACCAAGAGGUGGUGGAUCUGUUGAUUAAAGCGGGGGCGAAUAUAGAAUGUAAAGACAAUGACGGGGAUACUCCAAUCAUCAUCGCCUCGAUUAAAGGACACCAAGAGGUGGUGAAUCUAUUGAUUCAAGCGGGGGCGAAUAUAGAAUGUAAAAACAAUAACGGGUAUACUCCAAUCAUCAGCGCCUCGAUUAAAGGACACCAAGAGGUGGUGGAUCUGUUGAUUAAAGCGGGGGCGAAUAUAGAAUGUAAAGACAAUGGCGGGAAUACUCCAAUCAUCAUCGCCUCGACUAAUGGACACCAAGAGGUGGUGGAUCUGUUGAUUAAAGCGGGGGCGAAUAUAGAAUGUAAAGGCAAUGACGGGGAUACUCCAAUCAUCAUCGCCUCGAUUGAAGGACACCAAGAGGUGGUGGAUCUGUUGAUUAAAGCGGGGGCGAAUAUAGAAUGUAAAGACAAU